AUGGAGAGCCCAAGCACCACGCCAACUGCGAAGAGCAAGCAGAGUCCGGCAGCAGGCGCCGAUCACGUCAGCCAUCCCCACCCCGGAGUAGGCCCGGAGCCUCCGUUGGGGCAGCAGGCCUCAGGGGCGGACGUCGACUCCAGUGCCGCCGCCGCGGCCCUGCUGCCCCAGCUGACCCAGAGCCUAGUGAUGCUGGCCGACAAGGUGGAGACCCUUGGGGCCACCCUGCGGGAGGUACACGCCGACAUGGCGGUACUCAAGGCCCAGUACGGGGCGCUGGCCGCCGCGGCCCAGGGCUGUGCCACCUACGGCGUCCAGAUGACCGUCACCUUCACACCGCAGCCUCUCCCGCAGCAGCAGCCCCACCACCCCGUCGGCGCCCCGUCCCCUUUGCCUCAUGGGCACCACCGCCACCACGUCGCCCCCGCCCCGGCCACGCCCGGCCACGUCACACCGCACGUCAUGUCGCCGUCGCCCGCGCCGCUAAGGAAAUUUGUCGACAACGUUGCCACGGCCACGGCCAGGGCUGGUACGCCUCCGCAGCCAUUCGGAGCUGCGCAGACCGGAGGCAGCGCAGCUGCGGCGGCGCCUCGAGGCCUCCACAAGGCCGAGCGCCACCACCCGCGGAAGCGGACUUCCUCCACGGGCCCGGCGGACCACAGGUUGCCCGCGAGCUACGAUGGGCGGCCGGCCAAGAAGCCGCGGCGGGACAAGAACAAGAUGUUCGUGUUCUUGGACCACAUCAACAACAGCCGGGUGGUCGACGACGACGAAGGCGAUGCCGGUGACGUUGACGACGACGAGGACAACAGGAGCGGCAGGCGAGAGGGCGAGCUCGAAAUAGUGGCGGGCAGCUCGGACGAAGAAGGAGAGGCGGUGGAAGAGGCGGUGGCCGAGACCAGCUCCGAGGGCGAGGAAGAAGAGGAGGAUAGAGAAGAGAAUGAAAGCGACGAGGAGGACGGGGAGAACCAGGCGGCUUCUUCCUCGACCACGGCGGCGAUACUGGCGGACAUCGGGGAGCCACCGCACAGGGAGCCGAUCACGUGGAUCGGCGUCGACGUGCCAGUGGAGGGCAAGCCGCUCAACCACCGCCUCAUGCCCGAGAAGAUCACCAAGUCUGACCAGCUGCACGUCUUCUGGCAGCGCAUGAAGCAAAACAUCGUGGUCGAGACAUCGGGGAAGGGCUGCUGGCUCUGCACGUGCGUGCGACCGACCCCGAACUCGUACGUGCGCAAGUCGGUCGCGGGCAAGAAGUUCUUCGCGCACAUCCUCACGUACCUGGUGUGGAACCGCACGAUCGACGUCAACCUGCCCGUCGUGCAGCUCUGCGGCAACCGCGUGUGCCUCAACCCCAAGCACCUCUCGCAGGUCAAGAACGGCCCGCUCGACACCGACCAGCGGGCCGACUGUCUCGAACGCCGCUCGCUCGAGACCUGCCCGUUCUCGCCGCCCUGCAUCGGUCACCACAGCUCGAGCAACUGA